GUAAACGCUUCUCCGUCCGACGGUGACGAAACCAAAGGAAAAAAAAAAACAACUCAAUCCAUCUCUUUCUCUCUCUCUCUCUCUUCGAACGCAUCGUCGGAAGAAUUUCGCUUCCGAACGUUUCGCUCGUCUGAUUUAUCUCCGGGCACAAUCUUCUUUUUUUUGAGCCGAGUAAGGAUUCGAAUCUGGGGAAAACUGAAUCUGGGAAUCUCAAUCCCCAGAAAUGGCGGGGAUCCUGAAUAAAUUGCGGAAUCUGGAUGCUUAUCCAAAGAUCAAUGAGGAUUUUUACAGCCGUACGUUAUCCGGCGGCGUUAUCACCCUCGUCUCCUCCGUUGUUAUGUUCCUUCUCUUCUUCUCCGAGCUACGAUUAUAUCUUCAUAGCGUUACCGAGACGAAGCUCGUGGUGGAUACUUCUAGAGGAGAGACGUUACGCAUCAAUUUUGAUAUGACUUUUCCUGCUCUAGCAUGUUCCAUUCUAAGUGUUGAUGCUAUGGAUAUUAGUGGAGAGCUGCAUCUUGACGUGAAACACGAUGUCAUUAAGAGAAGACUAGAUUCUCAUGGUAACAUUAUAGAAUCAAGACAGGACGGUAUAGGCGCUGCAAAGAUUGAGAAGCCACUGCAGAAACAUGGUGGUAGGCUGGAACAUAAUGAGACUUACUGUGGUUCUUGCUAUGGUGCUGAAGCGGAAGAGCAUGACUGCUGCAAUUCAUGUGAGGAUGUUCGUGAAGCAUAUAGAAAAAAAGGGUGGGGUGUUACAAAUCCAGAUUUGAUUGAUCAGUGUAAACGAGAAGGUUUCUUACAAAGAGUAAAGGAUGAAGAAGGUGAAGGAUGUAAUAUCUAUGGGUUCUUGGAGGUGAAUAAAGUGGCGGGAAACUUCCACUUUGCUCCCGGGAAAAGCUUUCAUCAGGCGGGCGUUCACGUUCAUGAUCUUCUUGCUUUUCAGAAAGACAGUUUUAACAUAAGUCACAAGAUCAAUCGACUGACUUUUGGGGACUACUUUCCUGGUGUCGUGAACCCUCUUGACAAAGUCCAGUGGAGUCAAGACACACCCAAUGCUAUGUACCAAUAUUUUAUCAAGGUUGUACCAACAGUAUACACAGAUAUCAGUGGACACACAAUUCAAUCAAAUCAGUUCUCAGUGACCGAACAUGUUAAGAGCUCAGAAGCAGGUCAACUGCAAUCCUUACCAGGAGUUUUCUUCUUCUAUGAUCUCUCUCCAAUCAAGGUAACCUUCACAGAGGAGCAUAUAUCGUUCUUGCACUUCUUGACUAAUGUCUGUGCCAUAGUUGGAGGUGUUUUCACGGUGUCUGGGAUAAUAGAUGCGUUUAUAUAUCAUGGUCAAAAAGCAAUCAAGAAGAAGAUAGAAAUCGGUAAAUUUAGCUGAUGCUUUUAAUCAUGUUGUGGUUUCACUUUUUGUUCAAAUGGGGUUGGUCUCUCUUAUUCGUUUUGCGACGUUAAUCUAUUCAUUUGAGGCUUAAUGAAAGUUGAACAAUAGAAUAUUCACCCUAAUGAACUCAAAUCAAAUCAACUUCUCUCAGCCAAUU